AUGACAAUGAUGCUGAGACGGUAUUUGAGUAAUGGUGCCAAGUUUGUGAACAGGCCGAAAGUCCAGUGGAAUUUGGGUCAGAGAUUACAUGAAAAUAGACCGUUUCUGUUGCAACCAGGGGAGUUGACUCCAGGUAUCACUGCUGCUGAGUAUUAUCAGAGACGUGCAGAGCUUGUGCGUAAUCUUCCUGUUGGUAGUUGUUUAAUUAUUCUGGCUAAUCAAAUAAAGUUUGCCUCUGGUGCGGUCUUCUACCCCUUCCAACAGGACAACGAUCUGUUCUAUCUCACAGGUUGGAAUGAGCCAGAUAGUAUAAUGGUGCUGGAAAAGCCCAGUGAGAACAUAGAAGACCAUGAGUUGACGAUGUUUGUACCGCCUAAGAAUGAAUUUAAGGAGAAGUGGGAAGGUUUUAGAACUGGUGUGGAUGCAGUUAAGGAAUUCUUCAACGCUGACCAUUCAUACAGUGUGGAUAAUUCAAUGAGCAUGGUAAAUGAGUUGGCUAAGAUUAUAAAACGGAACAAGGGUAUUUAUUUUGAUCCCGACAGCAACAAGAACUCCAAGAUUAAUUCUAAUAUUUUAAACUUGAUAAAGGAGACUAAUAAAGGUACACCAAAGAAAUUGAAAUCUCUGGUAGCUGAUCUAAGAAAGGUAAAGUCUGAGAGCGAGAUAAGACUUAUGAGGAGAGCUGGGCAGAUCUCGGGUAGAAGUUAUAACAUGGCCAUGGCACAGAGAUUCAGGAAUGAAAGAACUUUGCAUACAUUCUUGGAGCAUAAAUUCAUCUCCGGUGGCUGUGACAAGAGUGCCUACAUUCCAGUUGUUGCAACAGGACCAAAUGCUCUGUGUAUUCACUACACAAGUAACGACGAUGUUAUGUAUGAUGAUGAAAUGGUUUUAGUGGAUGCUGCUGGUGCACUCGGAGGGUAUUGUUCAGACAUUUCACGAACCUGGCCUGUUGCUGGCAAAUGGCCUUCUAGUGCUCAUAAAGAUCUUUACGAGGCAGUCUUGAAUGUGCAAAGAGAAUCGUUAAAAAAUUGUAAAAAGGCGCUGGAAAAUAAUAUGUCUUUACAUGAUCUCCAUGAAGCUUCGGUGAAACUUACCAAACAAGAAUUGAAGAACUUAAACUUCUCAAAGGCUACUGAAAUCGCAGAAAAGUUGUAUCCACAUUACAUUGGCCACAAUUUGGGUCUGGAUGUACAUGAUGUUCCAGAAGUCUCAAGGUUCAACCCACUUGUAGAGGGACAGGUCAUCACAAUCGAGCCUGGUUUGUAUAUACCUGACAGCCCCGAGUAUCCUGCAGAGUUCAGGAACAUUGGUAUUAGAAUCGAAGACGAUGUUGUUCUGAAGAAAGAUGGCUAUAUCAAUCUAACAGUUGAGGCUGUUAAGGAGAUCAAGGACAUUGAGAAUGUGAUGCAGAAUGGUACAACUACAGACUUUGAAGACGACGUUGUUAGUCCAUUGCAAGGAUAG